AUGCGUCCAUCUCAAGUCUUCUCCUACGCCAUCUUGGCAGGAACCAGCAUAGCCCAGGGCGACAUUGGUGCUCUCCUGGCUUCACAACCCGAUCUCAGCACUCUCCUCGAGCUCGUUGGUCUAGUGGAUGGCCUUGCAGACACGCUCUCUGCCGCUUCCAACAUCACCAUCUUCGCUCCUACCAACGAUGCAUUCGCAGCCGUACCACGCGAUGUACCCGAGGGCCAGGCCAUUGAGAACAAGAACGACACCAUUGCCAUCGGCGCCCUACUUGCCAACCACGUCUUCAAGGGCGUCUACCCGGCUAGUGUCAUCACCGAUAUCCCAACCUUUGCACAGACACUCCUCGACAGCUCGUAUGUGAAUGAAAUCCAGCCUUUCUCCAACUUCACCGGAGGCGCCUACAAUGAGCUCGUCAAGAAUGGAGAAGACGUCUGUGUUAUUUCUGGAGAACAAACUAUCUCCACUGUUACUGAAGCUGACAUCAUGCUCGGCGCCGGCAUAACCCUCCACAAAAUCGACACGGUCCUCUCCUUCGGCGCGCCCUUCCAACUCUUCACCUACCGCUCCGGCUACCUCGCCAUGAACGCCGCCCUCUCAGCCGCUUCACUCGCCAUCGACUUCGGCCUCUCGGACCCCUCAUCCACCGGCCUCAACAUCUCCGACUUCACCAUCUUCGUGCCCACCAACGCGGCUUUCGAAGCCAUCGGCUCGGUGCUCGAAUCCGCGGACCAGGCGACGCUGCAGGAGGUGCUCAAGUACCACAUUAUUCCUAGUAAUGUUAUUUUCUCGACUGCGCUGGGUAAUGUGUCGGUGAAGAGUCUGCAGGGCGAGGAGUUGGUGUUUACGGUAACGGAGGAGGGGAGGGCGUGGGUUAAUGGCGCGGAGAUUGUGUUUGCUAAUAGUAUUCUUUUUAAUGGGGUGGCGCAUGUUGUUGAUGGUGUCCUCAACCCUCUCGCUCCUUUCGACCGCGCCUCUCUAGACCCAUCUGCCCCAGCCUCUGACCGCGUCGCUUUCGAAGGCGCAUCUUCCGUCUCUGAACUCCCCUUCUCUAGCGCUUCUCUCGCUUUCGGUGGUGACCUCAUGACCUACACUACCACACCUGAGCUUCUCAAGACUGUUGCUGCUGUUGCGACAGCUACCUCGGGUGUUGACGCUACUACUACAGGUUCGCCUAUGGAGACUUACACUGGAGCUGCCAUGGCGAUGCUGCCUGGUGCGGGUGUGGCUGUUGCUGGUGCUAUGGGUAUCGCUGCUGCGUUUGUCUAG